AUAACCUUUCAGCAGUCUGUUGGGAAGCUUCCUCAGCUAAAAGGACCGCAGCCCAGAGGGCUCGCUUGACUUCCGCCGUGAUUCCGCCCUUUCAACAUAACAACAGGGCUGCGGUCGAAUAAUUAUUCCCCCGAUGGACACCCAGACCCAAGCCUGAGCUACGGACACGACGUCAUAACUUUAUAACUAGUUAGCUAACCAGCGUUAACAAAACGGUGAGCGCGUGCAGCUGGCGUUCAGAGGAUGUCCCGAGAACAGCUGGUGGUCCAGGAGACCAGGAGGUCCUUCCAGACAGGGAGGAGCAAACCUCUGCAGUACAGAAUCCAGCAGCUGAAGAGUUUGCUCCGCUUCAUCUCUGAGAGGAGGGGGGACAUAGCUGAUGCUGUCAAAAAAGACCUCGGCAAGAGUGAACAUGGGACAGAGCUGUUUGAGACACUGGGGCUGGAGGGAGAGAUCAACCUGGCGUUAGAGAAGCUGGCAGAGUGGGCGGCUCCUCGGCCGGUAGAGAAGAACCUCCUCACCAUAGCAGAUGAAGUUUAUGUGCAGCCGGAGCCUCUGGGAGUGGUGCUCAUCAUCGGGGCCUGGAACUAUCCCUGGGCCGUCACCCUGCAGCCGCUGGUGGGAGCCAUUGCUGCUGGUAAUGCAACAGUGAUAAAGCCCUCUGAGGUCAGCUCUCACUCUGCCAAGGUCAUGGAGGAGCUCCUCCCUCUCUAUCUGGACAAGGAUCUGUACCCGGUGGUGACAGGUGGAGUGUCAGAGACCCAGGAGCUGCUCAGGCAGAGAUUCGACCACAUCUUCUACACAGGAAACAGCACAGUGGGUAAACUAGUGAUGGAGGCUGCAGCUCGCCACCUAACCCCGGUCACCCUGGAGCUGGGAGGGAAGAGCCCCUGCUACAUCGACAAGAACUGUGACAUCAGUGUUGCAUGUCGUCGCAUCACAUGGGGGAAGUUUGUCAACUGUGGCCAGACCUGCAUCGCUCCAGAUUUCAUCCUGUGUGAACCCUGCAUCCAGAGCCGAGUGGUGGAAGAGAUCAAGAAGUGCAUCAAGGAGUUUUACACCGAUCAUCCCAAAACUUUUGAGGACUACGGACGCAUUAUUAACCAGCGGCACUUUAAGCGGCUCAUGGCUCUGAUGGAGGGGAGCACAGUGGCUGUUGGAGGAGACAGUGAUGCAUCCCAGUGCUACAUAGCUCCCACUGUGCUGAAGGAUGUGACGGGAGAAUCCAAAGUGAUGAAGGAGGAGAUCUUUGGGCCGCUGCUGCCCAUCAUCACUGUCAGCGGUGUGGAUGAGGCCAUCCAAUUUAUUAACAAGAGGGAAAAGCCACUGGUCAUAUACGUCUUCUCUCAUGACAACAAGCUGAUCAAAAGGAUGAUCGCUGAGACGUCCAGUGGUGCCCUGCUGGCUAACGACUGUCUGGUACACUUUACCGUGAGCGCUCUGCCCUUCGGAGGAGUCGGUAACAGUGGUAUGGGCUGUUACCAUGGCCGCCACAGCUUCGACCAGCUCAGCCACCUGCGCAGCUGUCUGAUCAAGCAGCUGAAGAUGGAGGGCGUGAACAGCAUGCGUUACCCGCCUCACACAGCCAAGAAGCUGGGAUGGGCUCGAUUUUUUCUGCUCAAACAGGUCAAUGUGAGCAGGCUGCGGCGCAUGGCUCUGCUGCUGGCCGCCAUGGCUGGCCUGGCAGCGUUUGUGGUGCAGGUAAAGGAACCAAAACAUACUCCAGUCCAAAGAGGAAUUAAAGGUUUUGCUUUGGUAUCUGCAUUAUAUUUUUUGACACGUCUGUAGUUUCCUAAGAAGUCUCCCAGAAAACUAUUUUGUGCCACUGUAAUAACAGCAAUAUUACAUAUCUGAGGCAUUUCUGUGAGUUGUGAAUCAUCAGCAUUUAAACCCAAUUAUAAGUUAUGUCAUGAUUUUUACAGCUACAGUCAGUUCUUUUUUUAAGGAAAAUAUGACCUGUAAAAUAACACAUCACCAUAAUCUAUUUUUAAAACACAUGUAUACAAUGCAAUAAAUUAGUUUUUAUGGUUUUGUAAGAGUAUGAAAAUAAUGAAACGCAGAUUGAAAAUCCAUUAAUAGUUUAAGAUUACUCAACCUUAAAAUGUUUUGCCAUUGUAUCGUGUAACGAGAUUCCCACAGCAGUGUCCAACGAUAAAACCUCUCUCUCACUCCAUUGGUUAAUAACGAAACCAAGCACCAGAGACAGCAACAGUAAUGUAAAGCUUUGUUGAUCAUUUUUUAAAUUAGGAUCACCAACAGCUGCUACUGUUGCUUUCAAGGGCCACACCAUGGCUGUAUUAAAGACGAAGGAAAAAGCA